GAAGACUGUGGACCUUGUAGGAAGCAAAACUGUGUCUUUUAUCCUGAUUGCGAAGGAUCUAUUCCCUGCAAGAUAUACAGAGGGUAAAGGUGUCAUUUAAGAAUGAGCGAAGACAUGGGUUUGGACUCUUCAAAACCAAACGAAACAGAAAUUCAGGGGCGAGAACUGUCUCUUUGCACAUCAACUUAUCGGUCAUUUCAUCUGGAAGGCGAGGAGAUUCCUCCUCCGUUUACUGUUCUCAAGGAACUAAAACACUCGGGACCUUUAGGACUCGAUCAGGUCAUGAAGGUGACGGCAUGUGCUUUUCCACCGAACGACGAUACAAGCUUGUUAACGUUGACCACCUUUGCAGGUCUCCCUCUGCGACAUUUUCGAGCAGGAUUUGUUCAGUGUUGGGACUUUGAGAACAACGAAGAAAGUCACGAUGACAGCCUGUUCACGUAUUCACCACGUCCCGUGUGCUGUUUUUCUCCAAACGGCGAGAUCGUAUCAUUUAUUUUAAACACGGGGAACGGCCAUAUCAUUCUGGCGGAGCGAACAGAUGACUGCACCCUUGAGCCUUUUAAAAUAGACUGUGACACUGGUGGGUAUGGGGACAGAAGCCUUCUGUCGAGAGCUUUAUGUUGUGUGUUUUCUCCUGAUGGCCUAAAAGCCGUCACUGUGAGUAAUGUUACUCUGGAAUCUCACAGAGGUAUUGAAACGAAUGAAAUUUGCUUGUGGCAAGUGAAAUCCAAAACAAGGCUGAAGAGCUUUUGGAGGGUAAGCUGUGAAGUAGUUUUGCCUGGAUUUGCUGGGCAUCUGGUGAGCUGCGUGUUCUCGCCAGAUAGCUCUCUUCUUGCAUUCUCCAGUUCGCUGAGUCAGCUGUACGUUUUGAAGAGUGAGAAUUUGGAGUUGCUCUCUGCCAUAAGGACAGAUGCUACAGCAGGUAAUAGUUGCAGCUGUGCAUUUGAACCAAGUUUUCCAUGCCAGAAGCUUGCAGCCUGCUUUGAAGAUGGUCUGUUUGAAAUCUGGUAUCUUCAAGCUGACGAAGUUAAGCGUGUAAAAGAAGCACAGCUUGUGACAGGUGCAACUCGUUUGACUGCAUUCUCAUACAGCCCAGAUGGUUCUCUGCUGGCCUUUGGCACUUCACAAGGAAAAGUUAUAAUAAUUGACACAGAAUUCUUGCACACUCUCUAUGAGAUAAAUGCAACUGUUACCGGUGAACAAGAGGCUCCUAAUGAAUCAAGUGCCACAGUUGCAGUCUGUUCUGUCGCUUUUACAAAGAGCUGUCAAGAACUAGCUGUUGGACAAAGUGAUGGUUUUGUUCGGAUCUUGCAGCUUCCUUUGAAGUUUGAACUGCGGCAUAUGUGCCGACUGGUGAUCAACAGGUUGGUUCCACCGAACCAACUAGAGUGUCUUCCUUUGCCUAGGAACUUAAAGGCUUACUUAUUGUACUCUUACGUUACUGUAAAUGAGAUGGUCAGUUAGUGCUCUUAAAAGAAAUGGGUCAUGAUAUUUUACAUAAUUUAAUGGAUGUUUUCACUGGUUUUAACCGAUGUUACACAAUAUCAAUUUUUUUGUAUUUUUCUCAUAAAUAAAAAUAGGGAACAAGGUUGGUAUGCACCUUGAAAAUCCUUUUGAAAAUGAAGGAUAAAAUUCCAGACCUUGAAAGUCCUUUGAGAAAAUUUAAUAAUUAAACCUGCCAUCACUUAUCCCACAUUUAAACUACAAAAGUUGCUAAUACCCAACAUUUUUCCAUGUUUGGAUUCAAGAAACUUUUCCCUGGAGAAUUGGAAAAAAAAUUUCCUCAGGGCCAUGCCCCAAACCCAGCUAGUGGCUCACACCUUCUGUUCAGCGCUCUAAACUUUCCCUUCAUGUGACUCACUCCAUGAAAGAUGCAUGCUACAUUAGGGUUAGGGUUCAUUCAUCACCCCAGUGUCCAUAUCCCUCUCAUGGAAGAUGUUUUGAUUGGACU